AUGCCUGGGAAAGCAAAGCACCUGGGCGUUCAAAGCGGCCACAUGGGCCUGGCUGUGUCAGAUGGAGAGUUAAACAGCUCCGGGGCCCGGGGCAGUAGCCACAGUGUGCACAGCCUGCCUGGUGCCCAGAACGCAGGCUACACUGCGCAGCUGCCCGUGGCCAGCUGGGCCGAGUCUUUCGAGACACUGCUGCAGGACCGGGUGGCCGUCACCUACUUCACUGAGUUCCUGAAGAAGGAGUUCAGCGCUGAGAACGUUUACUUCUGGCAGGCGUGUGAGCGAUUCCAGCAGAUCCCAGCCAGGAACACACAGCAGCUGGCCCAGGAGGCCCGGCGGAUCUAUGACGAGUUCCUGUCCAGCCACGCGGUCAGCCCCGUUAACAUCGACCGGCAGGCCUGGAUCGGGGAGGAAAUGCUGGCCAUGCCCACCCCCGACAUGUUCCGAGUCCAACAGCUCCAGAUCUUUAACCUGAUGAAGUUCGACAGCUACGCGCGCUUCGUGAAGUCCCCGCUGUUCCAGGCGUGUGUGAGGGCUGAGAAUGAGGGGCAGCCGCUCCCUGACCUGCGGGCUCACUCCCGGAACAGCAGCCCCCCAUCCGACCUCGGCAAGAAGGCGAAGCUGAAGCUGGGGAAGUCCCUGCCACUGGGGGUGGAGGUGGCCGGCAGCAGUGCUGGCAGGAGCCCCCAGAGGUCCUUCAGGAGAGAGGAGCGGAGAGAGCCCUCGUGGACAGAGGUGGAAGAUGGCAAUGGGGGCUCGUCCCUGUGGCGUGAGUCCCAGGGCUCCUUGAAUUCUUCUGCGAGCCUGGACCUGGGCUUCCUCUCAUCGUCCUGCAGCAGCAGCAGCAUGGGCAGCAGCUCCCGGGCAGAGGGCCACAGGAAGAGCCUGGGAGGCACAGAGCCCGACUCACAGGCCAGGCCCAGCAAGUACUGCUGUGUGUACCUGCCGGACGGCACGGCCUCGCUGGCCUCGGUGCGGGCUGGCGUCUCCAUCCGCAACAUGCUGGCAGGCCUCUGUGAGAAGCGCGGCUUCAGCCUCCCUGACAUCAAGGUCUACCUGGUUGGCAAUGAACAGAAGGCGCUGGUGCUGGACCAGGACAGCGUGGUUCUGAUGGACCAGGAGGUGAAGCUGGAGAACAGAGUCAGCUUCGAGUUGGAAAUUUCCCCCCUCAGUAAAACAGUGCGAAUCACCGCAAAGUCGACCAAGUGCCUGCGGGAGGCGCUGCAGCCUGUGCUGGGGAAGUACGGCGUGGAUGUGGAGCGGGCACUGCUGCGGCGGCACGGGGAGCCGGGAGCCCUGGACCUGGAGAAGCUGGUCAGCACCGUGGCUGCGCAGAAGCUCAUCCUGGAAGCUGCGACAGAAGUGAAAGCGACAGGCGCUGGUGACACUGUUGUGGCCGCUUCCCCCCUUCAGUGCAAGGAGGCCACCCCCACAGGCACAGAGGUGGAAGCAGACAUGCUGUCAGAGGUGCCCCCCUCCUUCACCAGGUCCAGGCCAGCAGCCCUGAGGGGCAUGAACCGGUGCACGUAUGACCUGGAAGGGCUGGUGGAGCUGCUGAACCGGGCCCAGAGCUGCAGGGCCAACGACCAGCGUGGGCUGCUCUCUAAAGAGGUCCUGGUCCUGCCCGACUUCCUGCAGCUGCCAGGGCAGGAUGCUGGCCCCAGCGAGAGCUCUGAGCGGCAGCAUGGCCCCUGCGAUACCAGCCUCACCCCAAAGGGGGCUGGUGCCCCUUGCCCCCUGGAUCCCGCACUGGCACAGCCACCUGUCCACUCUGAACUGCCCUGAGGCCCAUGCUGCACUUUCUUCAGAGCCAGCGUUGAGGAGUGCCCUGGCCAAAUCCUGCCUCCUUAAACUGCCCCGGCGGUUUCAGGAAACUACAGUAUUCUCCACUUCCUGUCCUAAACUGUUGUAUAGUGUUGCUGUGAGUUGUUAAACAGCUGCCUCAUUCCACCCUAGAGGUGGCUGCAUCUCAGUAGCAAGUGAAGUGAGCCUGUAUAUAGUUUGUAUGUCAGUUAUUUGUAAAGCACUUUGGGAUGUAAGAUAUGCCUGAUUAACAACCUGCGUGGCCCAGCG